AUGGCCGCUCCCUCGCCCGAUCAUGAUCGAGGUCAACCACAACAAUUAUUCGUCAGAGCCGAUGAGGUCGAUGCAGGAACUUCCAUCCUAUCCCCCAGUAGAGAAUUGCCCCUGAGUGCUCUGAGUCCCUCGGAUGCUUUUCCACCAGGAACCCGACCCAGAGCCCCCCCGCGUCCAGGGCUCCGACGUGAAGGCUCAGCGCCUCCGCCUCCUCCGCCAUCACAACCACCUCCGGCUCCUCCUACUCACCUAGAUCCUGCCGACUCACUAAGUUUACCUCAACUGAGGCAGUUGGUGGGACAAUUUCCCAAAUCCGAGCAGAGAGCCUAUGCUUUCCAGUACAAGGAUGCCGAGGAUUUCGAAACGGAGAUUGAUGAAUGGUUCCAUUAUACGGAAUUAGACCAAGACCGUGACUAUCUCCUCUCGUCUCUCGAAGCCUUCGAACAAAAAUGGAAAUCUUUCUGCCAGACGGAGCAGAUAUCGGAGGAAACCACUUGGAUCGCCGUGAGCGAAGAUCAUCGUCAAAAAUUUGUCUCGGACUUGGUCCAUGUCUUGGGCGAUGACGAAUACCUUGCCCGUGCUGAAGCCCUGUGUUGCGUCUAUUUCAUUUUGAUGGGAGCAUGGAGCAUUACCUCGGGUUUAGAAAUGAAAGAGGCUGCCGCGGACGAUGAUUCACCUCAAUCGGAACAUGAUAGGUGCCGUGUUAUUCAAGUCCAGUGGAUGCACAAAGGAGCAGAUCUUCUCGUGCAGAGCUCCAUAAUACCACAGCUCUAUUCGUGCUUGAUACAAGCUACAAAGGCCCCCGAUUCCUCUCCACCGCCGCCACCAAACGUCGAAGAUGAAGAGAAAAAUGAGGGAGCCUUUGGGGAAAAUGAGUAUCGAGAGCUCAGUCUGUGUCUUUCAUGUUUUUACGUCUUGAUCGAGUCGGCCAGAGUUCGAAUCGACACUAAGGAGGGACAAAACUUACGACAGGCGAUUUCUUCUCUGCAACCCAGCUUUUUGGUCUUUCUUGCCAGUACAAUUUCACGGCUACGAUGGGACGAAUCAUACAAUAUACCCUUGAUGCACGCAUUGCAAUUAUUCUGGAAGUCGAUCCUUCUGCUGUUCGGUAAUGUGACGGAACAUUUGGACAAGAUCAAAAGUAUUUUACAACCGCGAGUCGACCCAUUUUCAGCAGAAGCUGCUCACCCAGUUCUAACGGCCUCUCCCUUGGAUUACCACCUUUUCCGACAAGAAAUCACGUCGAAAUACCCUGCGUACAACCCACCUUUACCUUUGGUACCUUUGGAAAUGGAACAAAAGACCAUGCUCCCCCCACUACCACACCAUUCUUCUCGACCCGAUGCACCUCCUGGAGCGGGUGGACAAGGUUGGACUGGGGCAUCCCCUCGAGGUUCUAUUCUUCACCAACCCGUUCAUAUUGCCACUCCGGCUCCAUCUCCUCCGCCGUCACCGAUCGGACCGGGUGGAAAAGCGGGCAAAAAGCAAAACUAUCAAACCAACCAGAAUUUCCCAUUCCUUUAUCCGCCACUGGAUACCUCGAGCAACACCAUAGGUGGCAAGGGCUCGACAGAGAUCCAAGACUUGAUGGUGGGAAAGAAAUGGGAAGGAAGUGACAUUCCCCGCUCGAUCAUGGAAGCAGGGGAACUCUUUGCCAGUCGAAUGAGAAUGACGAGGGCUAUGCGUCAGCUGUGGAGAGAGCGAGACUUGUUCAUGAAAUAUGAAAGAGGCUGGCAGGCAGACGUCAACAGCGAAUCCGAGGAAGACCGCAACCGAGACCACAACGGCGACGAAAAUGACAUCGACAGCAUCGAAGAUCCCGAUCUCCGCUCUCGCAUGUGUGCUGUGGACGACUUCUUCCACCAUGCUCUCCCGGAUUUGCAAUCGCUUGUCAUUGUGAUGAUGAAAGUCAUGCUCACCAACGUUCAAGACAUUGCCGUGCGCAAUGGAGGUCUUCAAGACUCGACCCAGCCGGGAGGCCUCAACCGCACCAAGUCCAAUCCGAACAUUGCUCAAAAUCAAACCCUGCCUAUCCCCCCUCCCCCGCCCCGGCCAGCCGAUAUGACGCUCGAAGACUUGGAUAAUGUCCGCUCCAGGGAAAUCAGCCAGAAGGCGGUGUCUGGCGCAAUUUUCUUGUUGCUGAAAUGGUUCAAGAUUUCUCAUAUUUUGCAAUUCGAAUACAUGACACAACUCCUGCUGGAUUCGAAUUACGUCCAAUUGACGCUGAAAUACUUUGCUCACCAGAACCUCGAGGAUCUGGUCGCUUUCAAGUAUGAUCGCGACGACUUGAGUGUGUGGCACUAUUGUCACAUUCACUCGGAUCAUCCGCCAUUGUCCCCAACCAGUCCCGACGAAAGAUCAGAAACAUCAAGUGUGGAUGAAGCGGUACCGCCACCCAUCUCUCGGCAUCGAAGGUCACCAACGUCCAAAUCGGAUGGCCCAUCGACGUCUGACCAAGCAACGGCGCAGCAACAAACACCACAAAGCCCCGAGGCACAAGCUCAUCCUUCAGUCGACGAACUGGGCAACCCAUUGGGCCCUCUGCCCUCGACACCGAUCAUGACUUACUCAUUCCGUCAGUUCCAAACAUCGAUCCACCUUCUCCGGAUCUUGCAAAAGCUCACGCGGGGCAAAUCUCACCGGAUCUUGUUUCUCGUACAAUUCAAAUCAUCCCAGAUCCUGCGACGAGUACUGCGGGUUCCCGACGCGACGCUCCGGUUGUACGUGCUGAAACUGUUCAAGUCCCAAGUUCCAUACUGUGGCCGCAAAUGGCGACAGAGCAACAUGCGGGUCAUUACGGCAAUUUAUCUCCACUGCAGGCCUGAACUGCGUGAUGAGUGGCUUGCGGGUAUGCACGAUGCAAAUGUCGAAGGAGAGGUUGAUGAGGCCGUCCCCUUGGAGUGGGCACUCAGAGGUCUGACAUUUUGGUGGCAGAAGCGAAUGUAUCCUGGUGUCAUGAAAAGGGGGAAGGGAGGUGCAAAAUCCAAGGGAAAACCAAAGGCCAACGUAUCCAAGGUGGCGGAGGCCCUUUCCACAGCCGCAACGGCCGGUGUCCCAGACGAUAGAGAAGUCGACGCGAUUGAUAUUGAUGUCCCUGAAUCCAGUCUGGACGACGGGGAGGAUGAUGACGACGAAGGAGGCCAAGAAAUCGACGAUGACGAGCGCGACUUCUUCAAACGAGAGCUCGACGCGAUCGGCUGGGGCCUGGCCGGCCUGCGACUUGCGGACGGCUCCGAGGAUGUCGUGUUCGGCGAGGAGGCACUCGGCAUUAACGGCGCCGGGGCGUAUCCCGUUAUCAAUGGCGCCAGCCAGAUCGGUAUCGACAACGCCGGACAAGGAGCAUCCGGACCGUCAGCAUCAGGCACCGGGUCUGGAGCACCACAGACACCCGUCUCACAGCCUCAAUGGGUCGUCGCCGAUGCGGCUAGCAUCGAUAACUGGCAGAAUAGUUAG